CUACACCUUAAAGUCUACAUUUCACACUAGCUAUUUAUUUGACAUUUACAUAUAUAGUUCAUCUUGCACUAGUGGGUGAUUAGCAAAGAUUUCGAGAGUGAACUCAUGGCGAAGAAUGAUGUCAAGCUUUUGGGUGCAUGGCCUAGCCCAUAUGCGUUGAGGGCUCGGAUUGCCCUUAACAUCAAAUCUGUAAAAUAUGAGUUUCUUGAAGAGACAUUUGCACCUAAGAGUGAGCUUCUUCUCAAAUCCAACCCUGUUUAUAAGAAAAUCCCAGUUCUGAUUCAUGGUGACAAGCCCAUCUGUGAGUCCCUAGUCAUUGUUCAAUACAUUGACGAGGCUUGGACCUCUGGUCCCUCCAUCCUCCCUUCUGAUCCUUGUGAUCGUGCUAUUCAUCGAUUUUGGGCUGUCUAUCUUGAUGAAACGUGGUUCCCUACCAUGAGAGGCCUUUUGGCUGUCCAAGGAGAGGAGAGGAAGCCCUUGAUGGAUCAACUGAGUGAAGGGAUUGUGCUGUUGGAGGAAGCAUUUGGGAAAUGUAGCAAAGGAAAGGCUUUCUUUGGUGGAGAUGGAAUUGGGUACCUUGAUAUUGCGUUUGGGUGCUUCUUGGGCUGGCUCAGGGUAGCAGAGAAGAUUACUGGUUUGAAGCUGCUGGAUGAAGCAAAGACUCCUAGGCUGGUCAAGUGGGCUGAGAGCUUUUGUGCUGAUGCUGCUGUUAAGGGUAUUAUGCCAGAGACUGAUAAGCUUUUAGAGUUUGCUAAGGUUCUUGCUGCUAAAAUGAGAGGGGCCCCUCCUAAGAAUUAAGUUAAUUUGUGUGAACAACUUUAGUGUUGAUCAUGGAAGUGGCUGAUUCUCAAUAAAGCAAAAAAACCAAACAUCCAAAACACCCAAACACUCCACCAGCCUAUUUCAUUUCAUGUAGCCAUACUUCUUCCCCUAGUGUUUCUUUUUCUUCUUCUUC